AUGGGGCGAGGAAAGCUUGAAAGGAAGAUGAUAGAGAACGAACCAAAUAGGAGAGUGACUUAUUCAAAGAGAAAAAAUGGCCUUCUCCAGAAGGCUUAUGAGCUAUAUGUUCUCUGUGAUGUGGAUAUUGCUCUUAUGAUGAUUGAAGAAGUUUUUGCUCGCUAUGUAGACCUUCCUGUGCAUAUACGAGAGAGGAUAUUCGAAGGUGAACCCAUAAGGAUCGCAUCACUAUCAGAAGCAGAAUACUAUGAACAUAUCCUUCAAGAUACACUCAGUCAACUAAACAAUCGCAAAACAUAUUAUCAUGGAGAGAAUUCAAAUGCUGGUGGGUUCAAUUCGGCUCAAAUUCCGGAUUGGUUCCCACCAAGGGAAACACGCUCCCCACUUCAAAUUUUCUUAGAAUUCAAUUCUCAGCACUCCAUACGGGAACAUCCACAAUCAAAUCCAGAUUGCUUACCCAAUUCAUCCGCGAGUUCUUUAAUAAUAAACGAUAAUGCAUUGAACCUUACUGAUCAAGUUGGUUUGAACGAUAAGAGCAAUCGCGUGGAGACAAAUGAAGUGCUUGCUCCAAUUGAGACUGCAACAUUUCAGGGGCCUGAAACUUACACCACCGGAACAUCUACGAUUCACCCUUUGGCAAUCUGA